AUCACAUUUUUGGUUCUCUAACGAAUUUGAUUAAUUUCAUUUCUCUCAUUUGGUCUGUUUGUUUUUUUUCCGCAAUUUAAUUUCGUUUAAUUUGAUUGUUCUGUUUUUGUUUUUCAUCAAUUUUCUAAUUAAUCUCAUGCUAGAAGUGAUUUAAUUUCUCUCUCUUCAAUUUUGAUCCGUGAAAUGGUUUCGCUUAAUAGAAAAGCUUAUUGGAAACAAUUAGCUCCAAGACCUUAUUCAUCUCUAUGGAUUUGGUUUGCUACACGUUCACUUAAACAACAAUCACCUGAUUAUUUUUUACCGCAUGGUUUUGGUUAUACUGAUGAAGAUGAUGUUGAAGACGAAGAUGAUGAUUAUGAUGAUUUAUAUUAUACCAAUGGAGAUACACAUGGUCCUCUUGAAAGUAUUAAUGAUGACGAAUCAAUAGAUUGGUUGGACUCAACAUUGGCCAGUUUGGAUACUUCUAAUUUAGAUUCUUCUAAUUGUGUUGUUCAAAGUAUUCCUGUUGUUGUUAACCAGUCAUUACAAUCAACUGUUAUUAGUGACAAAGAAUCAAAUUCAUCAAAAUCAAAGAUUUCUCGUGUUAAAUCUAAGGAUAAUAAGAGAAGGAAACUAAAUACUAAUUCCAACAAUAAGAGUGGUAAAAAUUUGAAUGAAUCCCCGAGGAAGAAAUUAUUGCAACCGCCAUUAGAAGGGGAACUUAUUACCAGGAAAACAAAUGAAAUUGACGAUGAAACAAUGAAAAUAUUGGCUAUCAAUGAAUCGCAUACAAUUGUUGUGCUCAAGAGAAAUGAUAAAGGACAAUUUUCAGUAAUCAAUGGAGAUGCUAAGGUUUCCAUGGUGGUUGGUUCAGUUGUUUGUGAUGGUUUCACCCUGGAACCGGAAAAAUCAACUCUCAUAUCAACAGGUUUUGGUAGUUACCAGAUAGUUUUUGAACCGAUUAAAUUUCAAUCAUAUCCUUCAAGGGAACAUCUUAUUGAAAUUUUUGAAAAUUCUACAAUUGAAAUACCAGAAUCAACGAGCUCAACUAUUCUUGAUUAUCUAACUAAUCGUGAUUCAAGUUUGUCCCAAUGUAUAAUCAUUUCAUUCCAAAAAUGGAGGUGGCCUUCAUUAGCCGCUUUAAGAUUAUAUAUUCAACCCGAAGUGACCUUUCCCCAUUGGCUUCAGGUCUCAUUUACCGAUAUCCGAUCACCUGUAGUCCAGUGGUCAGCAAUGUUAAAAAGAUUAGUUCAAGAGGUGAAAUUGAAAACUGAAUCUGCCUCUUCCAGGCCAAUUGAUAAAUCAUCAACUCGAGGACCAAGAAUCAUCAUGUUAGGUGGUGUAAAUGCCGGAAAAUCAAGUCUCACUCGUCACCUUUGUAAUCAGAUAAUCAGCUCAGUUACAGAUGAAUCAUUUAUCGUUGAUUGUGAUCCUGGUCAAUCAGAAUUUUCACCUCCAGGGAUAAUCAAUGCAGCUCGUUUACAAGAUCCAAUUUUAUCACCACCAUUUGUUAAUUGUCUUCGUUUUAACAAAAAUAUUAUCACAAGUUGUUCUGUUGCUGGUAUUGGCCUUCAAAAUAAUCCCGAUCUUUAUAUCUUAUGUGUAAAGUACCUUUGGGAAACAUUUCUCGAUUCAUUAUCUGAAGAAGAUUCUUGUAAACCAGUGAUAAUUAACACAAUCGGUUGGACUCAAGGUCUUGGUAUACAUUUAAUGGUUGACAUAUUACACAUUUUCCAACCAAAUUAUGUUAUUGAAAUUAAACGACAACAAAAUUGGAACGCCAAAGAAUUUCCUUUCGAUUGUAAUCCUGAUACUCUUAAUCAAUUGAAUGGUUGGCUAGUUUAUCAACCUCAACGAGGUACUACAAUUAGUGUUCAAGCAACUUCAAAGUGUUCACUUCAACCUUACCUUAAUUAUGACUAUAUUAGAAUUUCAAAUCAAUCUAAUGCCAAGAAAAAUCCAGGAGAAGCUCGAAAGAAUCGAAUUAGAAAUCAACUUGCUUAUUUGUGUUUAAUGGAUGAAAUAUUGUUCAAAAGUUUAUUCGAACUUGAAUUGGUCUCUCUUAACCUUGAAAAUCUUUAUUUUCAUGUUCAACACAAUUUGUUAUCGAUAAACAUCUUUCCCCAUGUAAUGAAAGAUUCAUGGGUUCAUCUGUGUCUAAUAGAUAAUCCUGAAAGUGAUAAACAACCAAUUGAAACAAUCACUCAACCAUCAACUUCAUCAAUGAUCAUUAAUCCAACAACCUGUUCAAUACCUCCAGGAUUUACAGCCGCUGAUGCUAAUCCAACACUUUGGGAACCACCAAUUAAUGUUAAUUUAAAGAUAUUACCAUUUCUCCGGGAAAAUAAAUGCCUUGGAUCAGCAAUCGUACGAGAUAUUGAUCUAAUUAACAAGAAACUACUCCUAUUGACACCAGAAUCACCUGAAAGAAUCGCUCAAAUUAAUUGCAUUGUUAGACCACAAGGAAUAUUUAUCCCAGAACAAUUACAAUUGGGUAGUAAUCAAUUUUUCAUUGAUAACCAAAAAGUGAUUUAAUCCAAAAAUAAAUAUAUAUCAAUGCAACCACUGAAUAAUAAUUAGAGGGACAUUAAAAGACCACAGGAAGCAGAAGAAAAAAAAUAAAAUAUCCGAUGAAAAAAACAAUCGUCAAUUGAUUUUGAGCAAUAA